UAAUAGGGAAGCGUGCAGAGUGAAUGCCGAGAGAAAAGGCACAAAACCCUAUUGAGGGCUCUCAGCCGCUAGUAGCGUAACCGUCACAUGGGCGAACUGGCUCUCCAACUAUUUAAGCAGGAACACUUUCUCUUCAGCACCAUUCUGCCAUCCAGCCUUGGUACGAGACUGACAGCGAGAAACUUUUGAAAACUCUCAGACAUCAGGUGAAGACACACAGGGCUGCCAAGAUGCCGAGAUCUUUUCUUGUGGACUCCUUGAUUUUGAGGGAGAACAGCGAAAAGGGAAGCGAGAACAGCCCGCCGUUGUUUCCUUACGCCGUGCAUCCGUCUCAUCCUCUCCACGGUCUCUCCGCGGGCUCCUGCCACUCUCGAAAGGCGGGCUUGCUGUGCUUUUGCCCGCUGUGCGUCACAUCUCAGCUACACCCGUCGCCUCCAGGGCUACCGCUCAUCAAGGCUUCCUUUCCUGCCUUCGGCUCCCAGUACUGUCACACCGCGCUAUCCAGACAGCACACCACUUCCAGCGGUGUGAACCUCAACAGCGGCUCGGGGUUAUACCAAGCCACAUAUCCGGUUCCAGAUCCACGACAGUUCCACUGCAUAUCCAUAGCAGAGAAUAACAGCAGUCAACUUCAGAGCAGCAAGCGCAUGCGCACCGCGUUCACCAGUACGCAACUCCUGGAGUUGGAAAGGGAGUUCACCUCCAACAUGUACCUUUCGAGACUUCGGCGCAUAGAGAUCGCGACUUACCUCAAUCUGUCCGAGAAGCAAGUCAAGAUCUGGUUCCAGAACCGCCGCGUCAAGCACAAAAAAGAAGGCAAAAGCGGCUCCCACAGGACGGGCUCGCACAACUGCAAGUGCUCGUCGUCGCUAUCCUCCGCCCGGUGCUCUGAGGAAGAGGAUGACCUUCCCAUGUCACCUCCGACUUCAGAAAAAGAGGACGCAGAUCUGUCCGUUAGCCCGUGAACUCUUGCUGACCACCACCUCAAAAGACUCUGUACGCCACGCCAGUGGAACCCUGAAUGCAGCCAAAAAGCGACGGUCUCUGCGCGCGCCGUCACCUGUAAAUAGCGAAAAAGAAGGAAAAAAGAACUUUAUAUAUGUGCGGGGUCUGUGUAUCCCUUUAAUGUUGUAUAUUUGUAUACAUGUUCUAUGUUUGUAGUUUUUUUUUUUCUGAAAACAACUUAGUUCCGCAUCCAAAUACAUUUCCUGUCACCAAAAGAUUUUAAAAUCAGUGAUAUCAAAAUGAGCAAAGCUGAAAUUUACCUACUUUUUCAUUUGUAUUUGUAUUAUUAUUAUUAUUUUUUUUUUUUUGUAUUAUUAUUAUUGCUUUGUUUGUUUGUUUGUAUGGAUGGUGAGUACAGGGUAGCUUUAAGCACAUUUUGGGGACAGGAUGGAAAUAUGGGAUGUAUCUGAUGUGUACGUCACUUUAGUGACUGAAUUUGUAAUUGUACUUUUAUCGUAAUGAGAAUAUUUAUUUAUUUAAAAAACCUUAAUGCUGAAAAUAAAGAAUAUUUCUUAGUGACAAAA